GUGGAGGACGAGGACGAGUUUGCGAUAUUUCGAUUCACGCUCGGGAUCCCAGGGUUCGACGACGAGGACAUACCGCGCGCGGUGGGCGCGCUCGGGGCGCUCGGGCUUUGCGCGAACAGAUUCGCCGCCGGUACCGAUGGGGCGUCGGAUGCGCUGGCGAGGAGUGAAAUCGUGGGCGUUGGGCUGUGUUUGGCGUGCGCGCUGGCGCCUGAGCUCGGGCGAGCGCUGAAAGGUGACGAACGGGGGGGCGCGGCGAAGGGGAGGUCGAACGCGGAUGUCGACGGCGCGAGUUCGGUGUUCGCGCUGAGCGAAGACGCGAGCGAGAGCGCCAAGGAGGACUGCGCGUGGGCGUCGUAUGCGAUUUUGACGAACACACUCGCGAGUGGGGUCGUUUUCGUGGAUGGGCGAGGGAACGCGCGGCUCGCACGAGGGACGGUGCGCGGGCGGGACGACGGCGCCCCAGACUCGAACAAAGCCGACGUCUUGGCGCGCGUCGGUCGGGCUUGGAGCGAGGUUUCAUCGACGAUUGGAACGGAUAAAAUCGCUUCGAGCGCGCCGCCGAGUGCGGAAGAAGAAUAUCACGCCAGUCGUUGGGAAAUUGAUCGCGCGGGCGCCAACGUUUGGGGCUUCCUUCCGCCCACCGCCGAAACCGUCUUCGCGCGUCGAUCGCCCGAGAACGGCGGCGUGCUCAUCGCUUGGAGCGAUGCCUCGCGCGGCUUUAGCAAAAAGGAUCGCUCUUGGCUCCAAGCCUUGGCGCGCAAGCUCGACCUCGCGUUCGCGUCUUAA